UGCAGUGGUCGAGUUUGCUCCGUUCCAGAAGACAGCCAAAAAGAAGCUAAAGAAAAAGGAUGCCAAGACCGGAAGCAUUGAAGAUCCAGAGUAUAAGAAGUUUUUGGAAACUUACUGCAUGGAGGAAGAGAAAACCAGUGCCAAUCCCGAAACUCUUCUUGGGGAGAUAGAGGCAAAGACAAGAGAACUCAUUGCUAGAAGAACCACACCUCUUUUGGAAUAUGUUAAAAAUAGAAAAUUAGAAAAGCAGAGAAUUCGAGAAGAGAAGCGAGAAGAACGGAGGAGGAGGGAGUUAGAAAAGAAACGCUCACGAGAAGAAGAAAAAAGAAGAGAAGAGGAAAGAUGUAAAAGAAAAGAGGCCGAUAAGCAAAAGAAAACUGCUGAGAAAGAAGUAAGGAUUAAGCUUCUUAAGAAACCAGAAAAGGGAGAGGAACUGACCACAGAACAACCCAAGGAAGGAGGAGAGGAAGCUGAUGCCGGAGGUGGAAGAUGGGAGCCGUGUGCCUCCUGCGCAGCCAUCAGAGCCAGGCCCAUGGACAGCGUGCCACAGGAGCUCAGGGACAGGUCACACACUGACAGUGAUAAAGAGCAGACGGAUGUGGAGAGAUUUAGAGAAAAAGAGCUUGAAACACAAAGAUACCACUUGGAUGAGGGCAGAAAGCACAGAGCUCCCUAUGGGUUUGACAGGUUUUCAAGAAGGAAUGAAGAUGAACUGAAAUGGGGGAAAGGAUUCGCCCAAGACAGAGGGAAGAACGGGAGCCAGGAUGGAGGUGUCGCUGUGGAGGCAGCAGAGGGACCACGGAAGGAGCAGAAGGCGACUGAUGGCCGGGCACCCGGAAAGGAGCGGCAGGGAAACAAGGACCCACCGGCCUUCGAGCCCGCCAGUGUGACGGAAGAGCCUCCGAGUAGGGCCGAGGCGGGAGGAGCAGUGGGGCAGAGGAUUCGACAGGGGCUGGUCCUGAGAGGGCACAGGCACAGCGAGCACCACACACGCUGGUGGCACCCGUGAGCUCCCGCGCAGCCUCCCAGAAAUGUGCCAGUUGCCCCAGCAUAGAACCCGGACGCUGAAUGUACUCCUCACACAGAAACUAGAAGCUGGAAGCACCGAGGGUGGUACAGGAACCUCCAGAAACCUUUCUUAAAGACGUGAUCUUUUUUAAAUUGAGCAGAAUUUUCAGACUUUACUAUUUCUAAUAUGUACUAAUAUUUACCCUUUAGCCAAAAGAGAGGAAAUGGCCCACAUGGGAGGUGGAGAAACGUGAACGAAGCAGGGAAGACAGUUGGCAUUAUCCCAGUGUGAACUCGAAAGCACUGCCCGUCCACAAGGGCCACGUCCACGCAUGUCACAUCCUUGUGGGCAAGUGGCCGUCAGCACCUGCCUGUCACUGCGCUUCUCACAGGCCUUCUGAGCCGCAGCAUUGGGCAGGAGCAGUUCCCUCACUGUAACCUGUGCAGCUCAGCCACUUCUGCCAAUUCUGUUGUGUUUUAGUCCCCCUGAAAGGACCCUUCGCACUGUAUACAAUCCAACGGCUUUAAUUACUGCACUUCUAACAACGUGGCAACUGCCGGGGUGAAUGUGGUUCCACGGUCCUUUGAUGGAUAUGCUCGUGGCUUAUAACCAUGUGGUUGGAGGAUUUGCCGAGAUAACAAAUGUUACUUGGGACAGGGAUAACCUUGGUGUGGCAUCUACAGCCUGUCUUUUUGACCCCGAGGCACUUUGAUUUUUAAAAUAAUGUAUUGUAGUUUUCUGAAACUGUGCAUUCUACAGUGUUUCUUCCUGCUAGUGAAGUUUCAAAUCUUAAUGUAUUUUUGGCACUCUGCUUUGAACCAUUUAUUAAAUAAAAGUUGUUACUGUGGAUUUUAA